UUUCUGCAGUACCCUUCCCUACAAUGACCAUCCCCUUCUUCCUCCUUUGCCUCUUUAGCCUCCCUCUCCUCCUUCAUUCCCUCCCUGCUCCCAGAGGCUUCCUCCUAAGCUGCGGCUCCUCCAACGAGAUCCAGUUGGGGAGCCAGAAAUGGGUCCCCGACGAGGGCUUCAUCUCCAUCGGCAAGAAAUCGGCCCUCAAAUCAGCAGACCUUCUCCCCACGCUUGCCACCGUGCGCUACUUCCCCGACGUCGCCGCCCGCAAAUACUGCUACGCUGUUCCGGUGACCAAGGGCGGCAAGUACCUUGUUAGAACCACCUACUACUACGGCGGCUUCGACGGCGGGAAGGAGCCGCCGGUGUUCGACCAGAUCGUCGACGGCACCAAGUGGAGCACCGUCAACACCACGGAGGAUUACGCCAACGGGCUCAGCUCCUACUACGAGAUCGUGGUGGCCGCGCAAGCGAAGACGAUGAGCGUGUGUCUGGCCAGGAACAACCUUACGGCUUCCAGCCCAUUCAUAUCCGCCCUCGAGGUCAUCUACUUGGAGCCCUCCAUGUACAAUUCUACUGAUUUUGGAAAGUAUGCUCUCACCACCGUCGCCCGCCACAGCUUUGGCAGCGCCAGCGAGGAUAUGAUCAGCUUUCCAGAUGAUCAAUACAACCGGUUCUGGCAGCCGUUCAACGACGACAACCCAACGGUAACAAGCCACUCCAAUGUCACGUCGACGGACUUCUGGAACAUCCCGCCGUUGGCCGCCUUCGAAACGGGGAUCACGACGAGUCGGGGGAAGGCUCUGGAGAUCCAGUGGCCCCCGGGGUCGCUUCCCGCCGGCGACUACUACGUUUCCCUCUACUUCCAGGACAACAGAACUCCCAGCCCCUACAGUUGGAGAGUGUUCGACGUUUCUAUCAACGGCGAGAACUUCUACGGCGACCUCAACGUCAGCACCGACGGCGUGAACGUUUACUCGACGCAGUGGCCGCUGUCGGGCGCCACAAAGAUCACCAUGACUCCCAACAGUGAGGUGCCUGUCGGACCGGUGAUCAAUGCCGGCGAGGUCCUUCAGAUUCUGCCUCUUGGGGGAAGAACUCUCACGAGAGAUGUGAUGGCAAUGGAAGACGUAGCAAGGAGUUUGAACAACCCACCUUCAGAUUGGAGAGGAGAUCCGUGCCUGCCAUCAGAGAAUUCAUGGACUGGAGUUAAAUGUUCUUAUGGAAAAUUUGCCAGAAUCAUUACUUUGAAUCUAACCGGCAUUGGGAUAUCCGGGUCACUGUCUCCAAGCAUAGCCAAUUUAACUGCUCUCACCAAUCUAUGGCUUGGGGGAAACAACAUCUCAGGUCCAAUUCCAGAAUUAAAACAAUUGACAGCUCUCCAAACUUUGCAUCUGGAGAACAACAAGUUUGAAGGAUCCAUUCCGCAAUCAUUUGGCAGUCUUGCCCAACUUCAUGAAAUAUUUCUCCAAAACAACAAUCUCCAGGGGACAGUUCCUGCAAUGCUGCAAAACAAAAAGGGCUUAAACGUUCAGGUUUCUCCUGGAAAUCUACUGUCCACAUCGGCUACAAAAAAUAUGAAGUGAAAUGAGUACCUUAAUUUUUUGGGUACUAGAGCAGGAAGUAAUUGGGAAGCUUUAGGCUUAAAGCAAACCAUUCUAGUUGGAUGAAAGAGAGAGAGAGAGAGAGAGAGAGAGAGAGAGAGAGAGAGAGAGAGAGAGAGAGAGAGAGAUGGGAAACACCAUACUUGUUGAAAUUAAAAUGGAAGGACUAUAAUAUGUGUCUUUGUAUACAUUUCUCCUCCCAGUGUGUAACUUUGCACUGACAGCAUAUAUUAUACUUCUGAAGUGAAUGAUAUACUAGCAAUACCUUAUGACAUUCAU